UGACGCUCCAACUCCGACGCUCCAAUCUUCCUCUCCGAUCGGCGCUCAAUCGAACCAGAGGGACUUUGGACAUGGUGACUAACAAAUACAGUGGGGGUUCUGUCGAACCAUGCAAGGUUGUAAGCAUGAAGGAGUGGGGUUUUGAGGAGAUGGGUUGGUGGUUGUCGGGUUUUGAUAUUGAUAUUGACAGUGUUUCAAUAUUGUAUCGGAAGCCUUGGAGGGCUCAAUGUCAUGGAUUGAAGUUGUUGGAGGAUGAAGAAGAGUAUAUUGAGAUGGGAUGGAUGGGUGUUGAGCAUGGAAGUGUGCAUGUGUAUGUUGACCACACCAAGACAUACACAUAUGAUGUUUAUAUGCAGAACAAAAAGAGUAAGAAGGAAUGUGCGUGGUGUGGGGAUGUUUUACAUCAGAAGUCGCCCAGUAAGGUGGAGGUGAUUAUUAUUGAUGAUGACUCUUCUUCUGAUGGAGAAGAAAAGGAAUCUGAAAUCAUUGCUAAGAAGAGGAAAACUGAAGUAAAUGCUGUGGAUGCAAGCCCGUCAAGUGUCCACAAAAUGGUAUUGAGGAAUAGAGAGAAAGGAAAGGAGACAGAUGCAAGCAUGGCAGGGGUGAACAAGCAUGAAAACUUUAGGUGUGUGGUUGGACUGCCAAGUAUGAGCUAUUGGGAGAAGAAAUAGACUACUAGCAUGGACUUUUGUUUGAAUGGGAAUAUGUAUUUAGCCUACUAGUAUGUAUUUUGUUGAACUGCCAUAUGUAUAUAGGCUACUAGUGAUGUUAGAAAAAUGUAAGGCCACUGCCAUAAUAUUUUGUUGGAUCUGGCAUAGUGUUUAGGCAUAGGGUCUGAAGGCAUGUUUUGUUUUUGUUGCAAAUGGCAUUGUUCUAUUGAUGGAACUCAUUUACACUAUAUUUAAUAUAACAAAGUUGGUGCUAGUGAUUUGCACUAUAUAUAAUA